GUCAGGAUCAGAUAAUCGGGGGUGGUUAAAUAUAUCUACAUGUUCAUACAAUCAGGAUGAUGUCAGUUAUAGUAAUUAGGGCUGAUAAGAUCCGGAUGUCGGAAUGAUGUAACCUCUGCGUCGACCCCAUCUUCUCACCACUUAAAACACCAGCAUCGCAGUCAUGUAGAGUCCAACAAAAAGUACAAUUAAUUCAUUACUAUCGCCAUCAUGUUCUCCAAAAUCGGCAUCGUCGGGGCCGGCAACAUGGGCUCCAUGAUGGCCUUCGCCUUCAACGAGCUCGGUCUGGACGUCUCCAUCUGGGACGUCAGCCGCGACAACGUCGACGGCAUCCGCCAAUGGAUCGACCAAGGAAAAUUCACCGGGAAAGGCAAGAUCCAAGCUUUUGACGAGGUCGAUCAAUUCACCAAAAGUCUUGGCCAAGACCAAAAGCUUUUCAUCUUUUCCAUCACCCACGGCGACCCGGCCGACUCCGUCCUCGACAAGAUCCAGGACAGCCUGCAGGAAGGCGACAUCAUCCUCGACGGUGGCAACGAGCACUAUCGCCGGACUGAGCAGCGUCAGAAGCGCUGCGCUGAGCGCGGAAUCCACUGGAUCGGCAUGGGCGUCUCUGGGGGAUACCAGUCUGCCCGCCAUGGCCCGAGUUUAUCCCCCGGCGGCGACCCGGACGCCAUCAACCUCGUGCUCCCGCUCCUUGAGAAAUACGCCGCCAAAGACCCCAAGACCAAGAAGCCCUGUGUCACCAACGUGGGACCAGCCGGGUCGGGUCAUUUUGUCAAGAUGGUCCACAACGGGAUCGAAGGCGGCAUGCUGUCCACCGUUGCCGAGGCCUGGUCGCUGCUGCACUACGGACUCGGCCUCCAGUACGAGGAGAUUGCGGACAUCUUCGAGCACUGGAACUCCGAAGGGGAGCUACGAAAUAACUUCCUGCUGGACAUUGGCGUCCAGAUUCUCCGCACGAAGAAGACUCCUCAAGGGGACAAGCAAGGUGAAGGCGCAAGCAAAGACGGCGGAUUCGUCCUCGACGAUGUCCUUGACAAGGUGGUCCAGGAUGACGAUGACACUGAAGGCACUCCCUACUGGUCGGUCAUGGAGUCGGCCGCCCGCCACGUUUCGGCCCCAACGCUGGCUACGGCGCAUUUCCUACGGAUUGCCAGUGGAAACCGCGCAGAGCGCUUGGAGGUCGCCAAGAAGCUGAACCUUCCCCAGCCCAAACCCCUCGAGGGCAUCAAAGACAAGAAGGCGUGCAUUGAGAAGAUCCGCAGAGCGGUAUACAGUGCCUUCCUGGCUUCGUUCUGUCAGGGUCUGGAGCUGAUCGCUCGUGCCUCCUUGGACGAAGGCUGGAAGGUGGAUCUGAGCAAGUGUCUCCAGAUCUGGCGCAACGGCUGUAUCAUCCAGUCUGAAGCGAUUGCCGACCUUCUGCAGCCAGCCAUGACCGAGUCUCUCACCAAUGUCAAGUGCGUGGACGCAGUGGCGCGAGAGUUGCACAAGCAUUUCGACGCCUUGAAAGACACGGUGCUCGCGGCCACAGUAGCCGACCACUAUACGCCGGCUCUCUCGGCGACGUUGGAAUACCUCAAAUAUGAGGCAGGAGCCAUGCUGCCAACGAAGUUCAUGGAGGCCCAGAUGGACCUCUUUGGUGCGCAUGGAUACAACAAGCCGGGAGUAAAGGGCGAGGAUCCAGGCCCAGUUUCCAAGGGAGCCCACCACUAUGAGUGGCGUCCUGCUUGAGUAAUGAGCAUUUUAAUGAUCUUGAUGAUAAUGAUAGCGCGUAAUGCAUGUACGGAGCACAACUGAUAAUGUACCAUAUCACCGACCACCC